GUCAAUAGACCAUUUGCAGUCUCUCCCAAGCGCCCCGGCGCGCGCGCGAGGAAUCUUGGGAUCGGUGUUCUGUCGGCCCCCGUCGUCUGGCUGCUCUCCGUUGGAAUCGCAUCACCUCGCCCUAGACAUACUUUUCAUCUUCGUUGUUUAUACUUAAUAAUCCUCUUUUUUAUCUACUCCAGUGUAUUUUUCUUGUUCAUAAGUGUAUCUAUUUCGUUCAGCGCUUUGUAUUUCUUCUGUAUAUUACGUGUUUUUGUGCAUAUUCCAUCGUUUUCGACGCGGCCGUCGACGGACACCACGCCGCUUCGUUCGCCGCUCCCGGGGGAAGGCUAUGGCGACACGGGAUGUACCAGAGCCGCAAGAGCUACCACUUCCAGCAGGACCUUGGACCAAGCAGCUGAAGGACUUUCCUUCCGCAUUCUCGGAAAGCCACAUCCAAGGGCAUGGCCAAGCAGCUGGAGCACAGAAGCACACAAGUUCUGGCUACAAAAUGUUCAAGGCCCACAAAGUGCAGAACAUCUUCCUCCACACCACAAGUGCAUCAGAGACAAUUGUCAAGGCUAACGUGGAGGCUUCCAUGACCCUUACGAAGCGAUACGCAGUGCAUGCUGUGCUCUGCCAAGAUGGGCAGGUCAGCAAGGCUUCCUGUUCCUGCAAGGCUGGACAAGGCGGUGUGUGCAAGCAUGUGGCAGCACUGCUUUGGCACAUGCUAGACCUGAUAAGGGAGGGAAGGUCCUACAUCCCGGAUGCUCUGGCCUGCACUGAGGGAGCAAGGCAGUGGGGCCCAUCUUCAAAGAGAGGUGCAAGUACGGUGUCGUUCAACGAACUAGAAUUCGUCAAGCACGACUCUAGCAACAAGGCGAAGAGUGCGAGAAAAACCACGGAAGUGCAUGUGGACGUGGCGCAGGCAACCGUCAAGAGGCUGCAUACAGAUUUCAUUGAGAAGGGAAUAUUCCCAAUGUUUGCGGACGUGAUGGAAGAAGCUGCCUUCACACCCUUGCCAAGGAAGGUUCAGGAGCACUCGAACACGGAUGAUGGGGCCUCUGCAGCACGGAUCAGCUUGCCCAUAAAAGAGUGCUGGAAUCACCAGAUGCCACCAAGCGAUCCAUGCACCCUGACUCUUACACAAGCUCAGCACCUGGAGGAACAGACACGUGGCCAAAGCAGAAGUAUGCUGUGGCACACGGAACGUGAGAAAAGGAUCACGGCAUCACAGUUCGGAGACAUCGUCAAACGACAAGCACCCGUGAACGAAAAGUUUCUCAGGACGAUUUUCUCGGGCGGACAUGGCACGACACGUCACAUGAGGGCGGGACUUCAGAAUGAGGCGGCUGCUCUGAAGCGCUACAAGGCCAAGCAAAAGGUCCAAGUCUUCAGUGUUGGCCUUUGCAUCAACCCUGGCCUUCCCAUGCUGGGGGCAUCACCAGACGGGCUGGUCUGGGACGAAGAUAUACAGGAGUACGGACUAGUCGAAGUGAAGACCGUGUCACGGGCGAUAGAUGCGAACCUGACGACCUUCGAGGAGGUGAUGAGCAGAGGGUUUGUGGAGUUUAUCCAUGCGGACAAGAGUGUCGACAAAAAGCACAAGCACUACUACCAGGUGACAGGACAACUUGCGCUCACAGGACUGGAGUGGUGUGACCUUGUUGUUGACUGGGCGAAAGACUGCUGGGUCACACGGGUGCCCUUUGAUGAGGCACUCUGGGUGAACGUUAUGGUGCCACGCCUGACAGACUUUUUUUUUAAAUAUCGGAAAGACUGAGUGUUGAUCAUAAAAUUGUAGUGUCUGUUGUGGGCGGUUCUAGUGCCAAGUUUGGACACUUUUGGUAAUCGGGUUGCAAACACUGCCCGCGUGGGUGGGCGGCUCCGUACGUCAGCCUGCUGGUUUCGACUUCGACAACACCGGUUCUUGGCCUACCCGGUUUACGCAACUCGAGGAGUACGCUUAUGCCUCCGUACUUCGCCAAGCACCACCGGACAUUCAGGUGCGGACACUUCUCUACUGCAUGGGCCCCGAGGCUCGGGUCCUUCUCGACAUGUUCGGCUUGAACGCCGCCUCCCUGAACAACUACAACACGGUGGUCAAGCGCUUCUCGGAACACUUCCUGUACCCCGUCAACGAGGUGUAAGAGUCCUCGAGGUUCCACGAGCGGGUUCAGCAGCCGGGAGAGAGCGUCGACAGUUACUACGCCGAGCUCUGCAAGCUUGUCAAGUGGUGCAACUACCCGUCCCCCAAAGUCGAAGAACGCCUGGUUCGCGACCGGUUCGUUGUUGGUCUUUGCGACGAACGCCUGUCCGGCCAGCUCUGCUGGAAAGCCAAGCUCAGCCUCAAGGACGCGUGGACGCAGGUGAGGCAGAUCGAAGACGCCGAAAAAGAAAAAAACUGCUCGCGGGAGUCGAGAGUGUCCAGGUCACCGUCAACGUUGACGCCACCAAGUCUUGUCAUGGUCCGACGCACCAACGCAAGACAACAAAACGGUCAGACGACGCAUCAGCAGUGUCUUCACUUGGCGAUAACGACCCAGGUUCCUGCAGCUACUGCAGUCGGGCCCCCCACACACGCUCAGACUGUCCUGCUCGGCAGUCUCUGUGCAAUUAUUGCAAGAAGAAGGGCCACUUCGCGGACGUCUGUUGCGCUCGGAAACGAAAGCAGAGCAAGGUGGCGUUCCUUACCGCUCCACGCAAUCCUCGAGACUGAGAAGGCCAAGGCCAAGUACGUUGAGGUCAAUGUCGACAACUACACGGCGAUAUUCAAGGUAGAUUCCGGCGCGGAGGCGUCUGCUGUUUCGGAAGCCUUCCCGAACUUACCUCAUCAUCUGGACAAGGUCGACGACCUGCUGACAGCACCAGGAGACCAGUCGCUAAAAGUCAUUGGGUACUUCAUGGCUACCCUCCUGUGGCGAGGCAAGACCGGUCAUCAGCGUCUGUACGUGAUCAAGUCCCUCUCUAUGCCCCUGCUCGGGUUCCCAGCCAUCCAGGCUCUGGGUGUGGUAAAGUUCUUGGACGACAUGAAAGUGCCGGCACCGCAGGGACUUUUCAGAGGUCUCGGCACGCUCAAGGAGGAGUACAAGAUUCGGCUACGCCCGGAUGCGGUUCCGUUUUCACUUAGUGUUCCAUGCCGCAUACCGAUACCCCUGCGCGAGGUGGUGCAAACAGAACUGGCCAAACUGGAGCAAGACGGAGCCAUUCGGCGUGUCACCAACCCCACACCUCGGGACGCUGGACUGUUCAUGGUUCCAAAGUCGUCGGGAGGUUACCGUGUCUGUAUCGACUUUACAAAAUUAAAUCAAGUUGUCCCGAGAGAACGUCAUGUGCUCCCCACCGUCGAUCAAGUCCUGGGACUUCUGGGCGAUGCGGCAGUCUUCUCGAAGCUCAAAGUUACCUCAAGCUUCCAUCAGGUCAAGCUUUCCAAGGACUCUCAAGAGCUUACGAUGUUCAUUACGCCGUAUGGGCGUUAUUGCUUUUGCCGACUCCCAUUUGGCAUCACGUCGGCCCCCGAGUUUUUCCAGCGACAGGUGGCGUGGAUCUUGGAAGUCCUAGACGGAUUGGUCAACAUGGUCGACGACAUCCUAGUCUUCGGCAGAACGAAAAAGGAACAUGACCAACGCCUGCGGCAGGUGCUGUUGUGUCUCUCCGAGGCCGGCGUCACCCCUAGCUUCCGUCGACGGUUCGGCCUCAGGUGGACCUGUCUACUCGCGUCAUCGUGAUGUGCCUCGUCCAGCAUCACCACCACGUGUUCGUGGUGAUGGUACGGGCCGACACUACUCAACCCAUUCUGGAAGACAAGUGGUCGCUCCCAAGAGACUCAAUCUGUAAAACUUUGUUUUUUUUCACAGCCAAGGUGUCCGAUACUCUCCUUGAACAUUCUAAAGGGGGGAUUUUGCGGGCGGUGCUAGUGCCAAGUUUGGACACUUUCGGUAAUCGGGUUGCAAACACUGUGCCCACGUCUUGUGUAAAAAGCCAUUGCCUCGUGUGAUAAAGGUGCCUUUUGGUUCC